AUUUGCGGGCGAUGUUUAACAGUUCACUAAAAAUUACAUUUUGCAAGUCCCAUAAACAUUACGCAUAGGCGGGAAUAAAUAGAAGCUUCGUUUAAAUCAAUUCUCAUUUAUAUAUACACAGAAAAUAAAAACAAAAAUAAAUUGAAAAUAGAAAAGCUGCAAAAGAAAUUAUUAUUGCCCUCGUUUUCUGCCCCUCUCUCACUCUCUUUCUCUCUCCUUACUUCAAUAUCACCUUUCCCUCACAUGCUCUGCUUCCGCUGAUUUCCCCACUUUUUUUUUCUUCACCUAUUUUCAAAUUCCCUACAUAAAUAGCAUCACUACUUGUUCAAUUACUCCAAAUAUAAAAUAAUUGUCCCAUUUUUAUUUUGCAAGAUCAAAUUUUGUAAAUGUGACAUUAAAUUUGUUUUGUUUUUUCUAGUAUUUUCAAAAUUUAAACUUCUUACUUGUACGCUUGUACUCGAAGUAACCAAAGAUAUUAAGACGGAUUGUUUUAAGUGUAACAACUAAAAAAACACGAGACGAGUAUUACUUGAACUUUUACCGGUUUAUUAAGCAAUUUAUUCAAAGUAGCUGACAUUCUACAAAGAAGAUUAAAGACAUUUAUUUAAAAAAAAAUCUUGGUUUCAAUAAGUGCUUCAGCUCUGAGGUUGGUCCAAUAUCUGGUCUCCUGGUCAAAGGUGAAUGAACUGAAGUUAAGUGCAAAUGAAGUUCAUGGUGAGUUACCCUGAGACUAAAUUUCAGAGAAAUUGAAAUGGUAAAGAGAAAAUGGUUGUGGGGGAAAAAGUCCUGUGAGAAGAUUGCUGGUGAGACUGAAAGUUCAGGUUCAAUGUCUUCUCAAUCUGACAAAAUUUUGGAGGAUCAGGAGCCUAUAAAAGGAUCUCCAAAUAACUCCCACUCACCAGAAGUUAACUCUAAAGCUACAGAAAGUAUAAUCAACAGAGAAGAAACCGACAAGGGGGAGAAAAGCUUGACUCGAAAACUAUCAGAUGACACAGAAGAAGAUAGGCCAAAUGAUAGGUUAUCAGAGGAAGAUGCUUAUGUAAUAUCUAUGAAUGGAGAUACUCGACCACUAGCACCAGAUUGUUGUGUGGAGGACAUAUCAAAAGGUAGUGUUUCAAAUGAAAAUGUGCCUUCUGUUUCCGUUGAGGACUCCCAAGGAGUGAAAUUUGGGAAGCUAUCGAGCAAUGGUUGUUUAGAAGAUAAAGAUAGUUUCAAGCUUCUGACAGAGAAACUCUCUGCUGCUCUUGUGAAUGUCAGUCACAAAGAUGAAUUAGUUAAACAACAUUCAAAAGUUGCUGAGGAAGCUGUUGCAGGGUGGGAAAAGGCUGAAAAAGAAGCCGAUAGCUUGAAACAACAACUUGAAGCUGUAGCGCAGAAAAAGUCAUCCCUGGAAGACCGAGUAAGCCAACUCGAUGAAGCUCUGAAAGAAUGUGUUAGGCAGCUUAGACUUGCAAGGGAUGAGCAAGAAAAGAAAAUAAAUCAAGCUGUAACUGAGAGAACAAGUGAAUUGGAACUUGCAAAGACCAGGCUGGAAGACCAGCUUGUUGAGCUUCAGGCCCUGCUAGAAACUUCCAGAAUGAAUGAUCUUGAGUUACAACAUAGAACUGACUUUUUAGAGGAAGAAAAUGUCGUACUUAGACAGGAGCUUCAAUCGCUAUCAGAGGAACUGGAGGUGAGGACCAUUGAAAGGGAUUUGAGCACAAAAGCUGCAGAAACAGCUAGCAAGCAGCAUUUAGAGAGCAUAAAAAAGUUAGCCAGGCUAGAGGCUGAGUGUCGAAAGCUAAAAUCACUUUCUAGAGUAACGUCAAUAAGCAAUGAGCGCAAGUCAAGCACUGCUGUCGCUUCCUGUGCUGAAUCACUGACCGACAGCCAGUCAGAUGGUGCUGAGCAACUAAGUGCCUCAGAGUGUGAUGGGCGAAAGAUGAAUGGCUCUUGGGCUUCAGCCUUAAUUGCCGAACUUGAUCAAUUCACAAGUGAGAAAGUGGACAGAAACAUGAAUCCACCUUCUACAGACAUCAAUCUGAUGGAUGAUUUCCUUGAAAUGGAGCGGCUUGCUUCCUUGCCUAGUAAUGGGCCUCAGGUUCAGUCUGUUGGUUGUGAUGAGACCCUCGAAAAGUCAGCUCAUAAGGAAGAUAGUAGUUUACGGAUUGAGCUUGAGUCUAUGGCUCGUCGAACAGCUGAACUUGAAGAAAAUAUAUGUAAAGUGGAAGCGGAAAAGGCUGAAUUGGCUAUAACUUUGGCCCAAGCUCAAAGUUGUUUUGAAGAAUCACAAGUACAGUUGAUUGAAACCCAGAUGAAGUUAGAACAGCUGGAUAGACAGCUACAUGAUGCAAAUGAAGGGGAACGGUUUUAUAAAGCACUGUUUAUUCAAUUUGAGCGAGAAGCUAACUUGAUGUCCUCUCAGAUAAAGUCAUUGCGUGCUGAGAUAGAAAAAGAACAAGCAUUAUCGAAGCAAAUUUCUGUGAGGUGCAAGGAUUUGGAGAAUGAGCUGAGAAAGAAGGAAGAGGAACUAGAAUUUCAGCAAGAAGAAAUGUUUAGUGAUGAGCUCAAACUGAAGGAAACGGAUUUAGCUCAAACUCAAGACAGUUUGGAGAAGUCAGAGGCUCAGCUGAAGCAGGCAGAAAAGAAGCUGAAAGAACUUGAGAAGAAACUGCAAGUGGCAUAUGAAGAGAAGAAAUCGUUAAAUUCUGAACUUGACAGUGUGAGACAGGAGCUCCAAAGAAUGUCUAUUCAAAUUGAAUCAUUGAAUGAGCAGGCGCGGAAGGGAUUAAUGACUGAGAAUGUGCAGAUGGAGCUUGAGAAGGAGCUGCUAGAGGCAAAUGAAGAGAAGAUAUCCCUGAAUAUAGAACUUGAUUUUAUAAGAGCAGAGCUCCAAACAAUGUCCUCCCAGAUUGAAUUAUUGAAUCAGCAGGCGCAGAAGGGAUUAAUGACUGAGAAUGUGCAGAUGGAGCUUGAGAAGGGGCUACAAGAGGCAAAUGAAGAGAAGAAAUCCCUACAUACUGAACUUGACUGUAUGAGAGCAGAGCUCCAAACAAUGUCCUCUCAGAUUGAAUUAUUGAAUGAGCAGGCACAGUCGGGUUUAAUGACUGAGAACGUGCAGCUUGAGAAGGAGCUACAAGAGGCAAAUGAAGAGAAGAAAUCCUUGAAUUCUGAACUUGAUUGUAUGAGAGCAGAGCUCCAAACAAUGUCCUCCCAGAUUGAGUCAUUGAACGAGCAGGUGCAGAAGGGAUUAUUGAAUGAGCAGGAGAAGAAAGAGCUUGAGAAGGAGCUACAACAGGCAAAUGAAGAGAAAAAAUCCCUGAAUUCUGUACUUGAUGGUAUGAGAGAAGAGCUCCAGACAAUGUCCUCUCAGAUUGAAUUAUCAAAUGAGCAGGUGCAGAACGAGCUCGAGAAAGAGCUGCAACAAGUAAAUGAAGAAAAGAAAGCCCUGAAUUCUGAACUUGAUGGCAUGAGAGAACAGCUCCAAACAAUGUCCGCUCAGAUUGAAUUAUUAAAAGAGCAGGUGCAGAAGGAAAAGGCUUUGGUAGCAGAACUUUCCACCAAAUAUGAGGAAAUGGAAUACGAGCUGCAGAAAAAAACACAGGAGAUUAAUGUUCAGCAAAGGGCGCACUCUAAUAACGAGUUGAAGAUAAAGCAGGAAGAUCUUGCUGUAGCAGCUGGAAAGCUUGCUGACUGCCAGCAGACAAUUGCAUCUCUCGGAAGCCAGCUGAAAUCUCUAGCAACAUUGGAAGAUUUUCUUAUUGACCCUGCAAGUAUACCAGGAUUUUCAGCUCCUGCUCCACUGAUGGCUCGACGUAGUACUGGUGAGCCAUGGAAACUUCAUUCAAAUGAUACAUAUUUGAACGAGAAGGAAUAUGAGCCAUUGCGUAAUACCCAGGAGGAUUUGAGUCCUUUUGCAACUCAUAACAGAAGAGAUGCAAGAGGGUCACCAGCAUCUUCAUCAUCAUCAACUACUUCAUCAGCUUUCUUCUUAAACUACCCUGGUUCUGAGAAAAAUGAUAACGGAUUUGCUAAUUUUUAUUCUCUUAGCAGAAGUUAGUCAGUCAAAUUUUGAUAGCACAAAUCUAGAAUGAUACUCGGAUAGAUUAGGUAGUGCUAGUGUAUGCAAAUAUUAUCAGAUAGGAAGAGCUGAAUGAGGGUGCUGUAUGUUUUUAGAAUCAAGGUAGGCUUUUAUAUGA